UCCAUAUUCCAACAUGCCAUUCGACAUCAUGUACGACGACGAGCCCAUUUCGAGCUUUGUGUUCACCAAUGAGGCAACGACACAAACAUUCCACCAUCGCUGGUAUGCCCAGGGCCAGAUGCACGAGUGUGCCACCUGCUAUAGUUGCAUAGACGCCGACGAGCCGCCUAGCCAGCACUGGGUACGUGGCGGCGAGAACUCGCAGGGCCUCAAGCUGAGCAAGCAACAGCAGGCCGUGCUCGACAUCAUCGAGGCGCGCCAGAUAGAGACCUUCUUCUUGUGCGACGAGAGCGCCAAGGACAAGCUAGAUCACUUCAUGGGCGAAACCUGUGCCAGGGGAGUGCCCGAGCUGCUGCGCUGGAUGUUCCACAACAACACGUUCAGCGUGGAGUUCAAUCUGGCCUGCUACGUGAACGUGAUGAACCAGGUGCUGAUCUUCCAGAGCGGCAACCUCAGGGUGGAUCAUCACUAUGACAUAGAAGAGUGCGUGAGUGUGGUCUACGAGAUGAUAAUGCAAAGGAUCGAGAAUUACCUGAGCUGCAACAGUGAGCAUGGACUGGACGAGUGCAGCAUUACCAGAAUACGGGUGCAAGUGAAGAGACAGCGGCAGGAUGCCGAAUCCCCAGCCAUGGAGUCAUCGUUUGCCCUGCCCCUUCAGCUGAGACAGGAGGAGGGGUCCAGUUCCAGUUCCAGCACUACCAGCGAAGCCGAGCUGACCAGUCUCAAGGCCGCCUACCUGAAGCACUACCGCGAAUGCCUCGGUUACUUUCCACCCAACAUGCGCGUCAAUCUCCAUGGCCUGCAGCAGUGCAAAACCACCAAGGAGCUCUAUGUAGUGCCGUAUCACAUCAGCGAGACGCUGCAACAGUUGCCCAAUAAGAAUUUCCUCAUUCUGAACGACAUCAUGGGCCAGUUCCAGCGACUGCACGAGCUGCCAACUCCCAUUAUGGGCUCCGCACCAGCGUCAGUGCCACCAACAGCAUCGCCGACCUCGCCCACCCGUCCCCUGCAGUGUCGUCGGUGUCGCACUCAUUUUACGCGCCGCAGCAAGUUGCACAUCCACCAGCAGCUCCACUGCGGCCAGGACUUCUCCGUGGACAGCAUGCACGCGGAUAUUGUCGAGAUCUACGAGCAGUGUCUGCCCAUUUCUCGCAAUGUCUUUCAAUACGCCUGCUAUGGCAUCACCAAGCCCAAGACGGUCAUGCGGAAGGGCCAGUUUGUGCCAAUCGAGUGCGAUUGGCGCAGCGAGAGCUCGGUGAAAGUGCAGCACGGACCGUGCGUGGUCAUCAGUAAUGCUCAACAUAGUAGUCCCUAUAAAUAUUUGUAA